AUGUGCCGAGCUCCGCGGAAUUCCCCCAACGCCGACUCAGGGCUGCGUUCUCGCCCCCAAAGGUGGGAUUUGGCGGUGGGAUAUGACGGUCGCGAUGGUUGCUCGGCCCCGAGUUUUGACCGUGCGGGUGCCACAACCUAUAUGCCUAAGGCAGAUUCCGACAGCUACGUACAUCCCGGCAGCCCGGGCUCGGUCGGUUUCUGUUCGGCCUUCCUGUAUAGAAACUCCCGCCGAACUGAAGUGCGCAACAUGGUUCUCUUGGCUUCCACGUCUGAAAGUCGGUUGUUGGGAAUUCCCCGCGGUUCGCUUUGCCUGCGAAUUAUCGAGGGCCCUCAAGCCGGCGAGUUAAUUCGUCUGAACGCAGCGAAGUGCACGCUCGGAACCGACCCGAGCUGCACCGUGCAGGUGGUCGCCGAAGGCAUUGCCUCGGUCGGCUGUAUUAUCCUCCGCGGCGCUUCGCGAACCAUGGUCCGCAGUUGGCAGGGAACCGUGAAGCUGAACGGUCGUCGAUUGGCAACCGCUCAGCUAAACGUCGGCGAUCGACUGGUAAUUGGUCCGCUGGCCCUGGAAGUCGUCUCGCUGAACGAAGCUGGUUCGACUGAGGAGGGGACACCCCCGAGCGACGAACGGAUCACCCAAGACGCUCCGUCCUCCAGUGCAAGUCCUCGCAUUCGUACCACCGAUCAACUAGUCGAACGCUUCCGUCAACGAGAACAACUGCAACGACAACGAGCGCGCCGCAUGGUUUCGGCCCUGCGUGAAACUCGCGGGCGCUUGAACGAUUUGGAAUUCCAACGUCUGCAAGACGAGCAAGAGCUGACUGACCUUCGCCUGGCCGGCCACCAUCAGAGCGAUCGACUGCAGCAGUUGGACGACGACGCACAACGCUUGGCAAGCCAAGAAAGCGAAUUCGAAGCUCGCCGGACUGAAGUCGAAGAGCGACUCCAACGCCAGGAACAGAAGCUCAACGAGCUUCGUCUUAAGUACGAACAACAAUCGUCUGCACUUCGAAUGCAGCAAACUGCGUGGGAAGAUACCCGAAGCGACAGCGAGCAGAGUCUGUAUCAACAGCAGACGCAACUCGAUCGACGGGAAGCCGAGUUCGAAAGCAAGCAGCGAACCCUGGAAGCUCGCAGCGAACAACUCGAACAGCAACAGGCCGGUAUCGAUCAACAGCUCAUCGAUCUGGCCAACGUCAAGCGACAGGUGAACGAGGCUGAGGAAUCGCUGGCCUCGCGCCGAGAGAUUCUGGAUACCGAUCGACAACGGUGGCAGCAGACUGAAACCAACCGCCGGCAUCAGCUCGACGCCUGGCAAAAGAACGUGGCCGAUCGCGAACGGGAGAUUGGCGCCCAGCGGGAAACAAUCGAGCAGCGCGAAGCAGAGAUUCAACGCCAAGCCGAUGAGAUUGCCCGUCAGCAGUCCGCACUCGAGCAGCGGCAACAAGAACUCGACGCUCGCCAGCAAACGCUGGAGGUGCGCGAGACGGAAGUUGCCGAAAACCGCAAGGCGAUCGAACAGCAACGGGAAUCGGUAGGUUCUCAACGCCAAGAAUUCGAGAAGGCCGACGCCGCCUGGCGAGAGGAGCACCGCGCCGAACGGCACCGCCUGGAACAAUGGGCCGCAGGGCUCGAAAGCCGUGAACGUGAAGCCUCGAUGCAGCGGGACGAGACCGACCGUCGUCAGACUGAUCUUGAUGAAUGGGGUAACGCGCUUACCGAACAGCAAGCCGCACUCGACGCCCAACGUCGCGAGCACGAGACGCAGGUGCAACAGCUCGAACACCGCCGCAGCGAGUUCGAUCAGGAAUUCGAUCGCCGCGACGCCGAACUUCACAAAGCCCACGAACAGCGUCAGCGGGAGAUUGAUGAACUCCGCAGUUCGCUCGAAGCCCAUCGGGCCGAGCUGGACAAGAAAGCCGAACUGCUGGCCAACAAUCAGCAAGAGGCUCAGCGUCGUCAGCAAGAGCUUUCCGCUGAGUGGGAAAAGCUGCAGCGGCAACAGCAUGCCUGGAACACCCAGCAGCAGGAACAGAGCACAUGUCUGACCGAGUGGAAUCAGGCACUAGAAGCUCGCGAACAAGAAAUCGCCGCUCGGCUGGAGUCGGUCGAGCACCGCCAGGCCGAGCUGGAACGUCAGGCCAGCGAAAUUGCCGCCGAGAAAGCGGCACUCGACGAGCAAAAGCACUCGCUCGAUUCCGACGAUCACCAACUUCACCAGCGUCGCCAAGAACUGGAACAGGAGUUCCAGCGUCGCAGUGAAGAACUGACUCAAUCGAUCGAAACGCGGGAGCGCGAACUUAGCGAAGCCCAGUCGGCGUUCGAAUCACACCAGCAGGAGGUGAAUGAAAAAGCCAAGUCGCUCGCCCGGCAGCAUCAGGAACUCGAGGGCCGUUGGAACCAACUGCAGUGCGAGGCCGACGAACUUCAACUGCAGCAAUCCACCUGGACCCACGAGUGCCACGCCGAACAGCAGCGGCUCGAGCAGUGGAAGGAAGGGCUGACCAAGCGUGAACGCGAGGUCUCCGUCCAGCGAGAAUCGUUCGACCGCCGGCAAGAAGACCUCGACGCCUGGGGCAACACGCUCGCUGAACAGCAGCAGGGAUUCGAAGAGCAACAAGCCAAGCUGCAGAGCGAACGCGAGUUGCUGGAAAUCGAACAGCGUAAGAGCCGGGAACAACGUGAGCAGCUUCAGAGUCAGUCCAGCGAAGAACUGACGGCUCGUGAGCAGGAAUUGUCCCGACGUGGCGAAGAACUCGAGCGUCGCGAGAGCGAGCUGAACGCAAAGCUAAAGUCAGUCGAAGACCGGCACGGCGAGCUGGCCCAGCGCGGCGAAGAACUCGAUGCCCGACAUGCGGAGAUCGAGCAAGCCCGCGAGCGACUAGAGGCCGAUCGCGCGAAGAUUGAGGCACAAGCCCGCGAGGCCGCCGCUGCGGAAACUCAGGAUAGCCAGCAGCGUUUGCAGGAACUUGAGGCCGGUCAGCAAGAAAUCGACGAGCUGCGAGAGUCGCUCAUCAAGUCGCGGCAGGAACUCGAUCAACGCGCCAACGCCAUCUCCACGGAACGCGAUGCCGUUCAAGCCGCUCGUGAGAAGGUCGAACGCGACCGGGAAUCCUGCGAAGCCCGCGCCCGCGAGUUGGAGCGGACCCAACUUGAGGUGGCCGAGCAACGCACCGAGCUUGAAUCGCGACAGCAGGAAAUUGAAGAGCUGCGCAAUCAGACCCAAGCCCGGGAAGACGCGCUUGAGGCCCGUGCUCAAGAACUCGAAGCGCAAGCCACGCAACUUGAAGAGGCCAAGCGAGAGGGCCAACAGCUUCAAGUUGAGCAGGGCAAUGAAGCGAUUCGCGAUCUUCAAGAACAAGUUGAAGCUGGUGAACGCGAGCUGAGCGAAAGAACCAGCGAACUCGCGGCCCAACGAGACGAAAUCACACGGCUGAAGACCGACUUCGAAGAUCUGACGGCCGAGUUGACCCGUCAGCGGGAGGAGUCGUCGCGGUUGCAGCGCGAACUUGACGAGGUUCAAGCCGAGGCGACACAGACCGUCCAGAUGGAUGAGAUCCGUCGCGCGAGAGCCCUCGACUUCAGCGAGCAGGAGCAGAUUCUGACCGAGUGGAAUGCCGCGGUCGGGCAACGCGAAGAGACGGUGUCUGAGCGCGAAGCUGAACUUACCCACUUACAACAAGAGAUCGAGAUUACUCAGCAGAAGAUCGAACAGGGCAAAGCCGAUCUCCAGACAUCGUGCGACGAACUCGAACAGCAACGCUCCGAGUUGGAGCAGCAACGGCGACAGUUGCGUGAGCAGCAAGAAGCCCUUGAGGCAUCCAACACAGCGGCGUCCGCAGCUUCUGAGCCGCAAGCUUACGACCCGCGGCAGACACAAGUGCUCGACGAGGACGAAUCCGCAUUCACUCACGCGGUACCCGACGACGAAGAUACGCCCAACGGUGAAAUGGAGUUCACGCAGCCCAGUUCGGAAGCCCCCACCGAUACGGCCAGUGUUCUGGCCAAGUUUGGCUACUCGAACGAAGGCGACCAAGAGGAGAAGCCGAGCACGCAAAUACCGCAGCGUCAGCCGCAGUCUGUCGAAACUCCGGCCGGCGAGUCGAAGCCGGAAGCUGAAGCUGGCGAAGACGACGAGUCGAUCGAUGAUUACAUGGCCCGACUGCUGGAGCGGAUGCGGGAGAAGAGCGGUUCGUCGGCCGCCAGCACCCCGGUGGUUAAGCCGCAGCCGGCUCAGGAAGCCGCCAGCGAUGAGCCUAAAGAGAAGCGAGUACCGCGAGUGGAACGCCGUACGCGUCCCCGACCGCGACGAUCGGUGGAAGAGAGCCGCAACGAACUCAAGGCGAUGCGCGAGCUGGCCAAUCUCAGCGCACAAUCGGCCAUCACCAGUUACACGCAACGCUCGCUGCGGCAAAGCGUGUUCAGUAAGGAAUCAACACGCUCACCUUCUAUAGCGGGUUGUUCGCUCUCGGUAUCGCCCUCAUCUGGGGCUUCCAGUACGCCAUGA